CCGCUUCCGGGUCAGAGGUCAGGCGGCGGCGCUCCGUGGGCCAUGGUGCAGCUCCGGCCGCGUGCGUCCCGUGUCCCCGCGCAGGCGGCGGCGAUGGUCGACGAGGACCAGCCGGCCUCGGAGGAGGAGGUAGACCACGGCCUGCUGCUCGGGCAGCCCAGCAGCGGCGCGGCCGCCGAGCCGCUGGAGGAGGACGACGGCGACGACGAGGCCCCGGAGGAGCUGACUUUCGCUAGCGCCCAGGCGGAAGCCCGGGAAGAGGAGCUGCGUGUGCGCGAGAGCGCUCGCAGGGAUAAGACGCUGCAGAAGGAGAAGAGGAAGCGGCGGGAGGAGCUGUUCAUCGAACAGAAGAAAAGAAAGCUGCUUCCAGAUGCUGUUCUAGAGCAGUUAACUACAGCUCCGCUGGCUGACUUAAAGAAAUCACCAGAAAAGUUAAAAGAAGUUAACUUGGAACAGAAAAAUGAAGACCACAAAAAGGGAAGUAAUGCUAGGAAAGUUAAAAUACAAAAAGUGCAGUCUGUCAGUCGGAAUAAAAGCUACUUGGCUGUAAGGCUAAAAGACCAAGAUCUGAGAGAUUCAAGGCAGGAGGCAGCCAAACGCUUCAUCCAUGAUUGUUUAUAUGGUUCAGGAACCAAGAGAACUACUGUUAACAAGUUCCUGUCUCUGAACAACAAGAGGUUACCAGUGAAAAAGGCUGCAGCCCAAUUUCUGAAUAGCACUUGGGGAACCCAGAAACAACAAAAUGCCAAGAGGUUUAAACGACGGUGGAUGGCCAGAAAGAUGAAAAAGAAAACUUCUAAGUGAACUGAAGCUAAAGCUAAUUGAAGAAUCUGUACUUUGUAGUACAGAAGUUAUUUAAUGCAGAGAAUUGUUUCUCAAAACAUAGUCAUUCAUAAAUCAUAAAAACCAUGAACUGGUUUGUCUGGCUA